AUGAGUAUGGGCGGUCUGAAAAAGGCAGGGCCAUUCGUUUUAGUGAUAUUGUUGCAAGUAGCACUAGCAGGAAUGAACAUUCUCUCAAAGGCUGUCCUAAACGAAGGCAAGAGCAGUUAUGUCCUUGUUGUCUAUCGUCAUGGCGUUGCUGCUAUCGUUAUGGCCCCGUUCGCAUUCUAUUUCGACAAACCAGUGAUCGGUCAAAACUUAUUCUAUUUGGGGAUGAAAUACACGACGGCUACAUUUGCAACCGCCCUGUACAACUCUCUACCCGCAGUCACUUUCAUCCUCGCCUUAAUAUUCAAGCUCGAAAAAGUUAAGCUUCGAAGUAUCAGAAGCGCGAGUAAGGUGGUUGGGACAUUGGCUUCCCUUGGAGGAACCAUGAUCAUGGCCCUUGUCAAAGGUCCAGCUCUAGACCUCUUUUGGAGCAAAGGAACCUCUGAACAGAACACAACCGGGACUGAUAUUCGUAGCUGCAUUAAAGGCGCAGUUUUGGUCUCAAUUGGUUGUUUUAGCUAUGCAUGUUUCAUGAUUCUCCUAGCUAUCACGUUGAAGACUUACCCGGCCGGGCUCUCACUCACCGCAUGGAUAUGCCUAAUCGGGACAAUAGAGGGAGCAGUUGUGGCAUUAGUGAUGGAAAGAGGAAAUCCUGGCGCAUGGGCCAUUGGUUGGGACAACAAACUUCUUACAGUCACCUAUAGUGGGAUAGUGUGCUCAGCGCUUGGUUACUAUAUUGGAGGACUUGUGAUGAAAACUAGAGGUCCUGUGUUUGUAACAGCUUUUAGUCCUUUAUGUAUGAUUGUAGUAGCGAUUAUGUCGAGCAUCAUCUUCGCUGAGCAGAUGUACCUAGGAAGGGCUCUUGGUGCAGAGGUUAUAUGUGUAGGACUAUACCUUGUGAUAUGGGGAAAACGCAAAGAUUACAUAUAUGCUUCCACACCGCUUGGACCAACACAACCAAAACUAGAACUAAGCAGAAAUGAGAAAGAUAGUGUUGAUCAACAAGUAAGGAGAACAUUGUCAGAAGCAGUCUAA